AUGUCAGAUCCUGCGGGGUACACUGUGGGCUGGAUUUGCGCCUUACCCGUGGAAUACAUUGCCGCACAAGAGUUUCUCGAUGAAGAGCACGACAGACCGAGCUUCGUGUCGCCAAACGAUGCCAACGACUAUACGUUAGGCAAGAUGGGCGAACACAACGUCGUCAUUGCCGUCUUACCCGAUGGUGAAUAUGGAACAGCUUCCGCGGCCAUUUCUACAACAUCAGGAUCGGCCUUAUGGUCGGGAUUGGGGGGCCGGGGGGGGGUGGGGGGUGUACCAAGCGAAAACCAUGAUAUCCGAUUGGGCGAUAUUGUGGUCAGUGCGUCUCGGGGUAGCGAGAGUGGUGUGUUUCAAUACAAUUUUGGCAAGUCGAUCCAGGACCAAAGUUUUCAGCAUACACGGUUUCUGAACCAGCCACCAGCUAUAUUACGCACUGCAAUGCUAGGUAUUCAAACUCACUACGAGAGAAAAGGGCAUCAGCUCGAGGAGGCCAUCAACGGCAUCAUUGAAAAGAACAUGAGGCUAUGUCGGAAGUACGAAAGGCCAGAGCUAAUAACGGAUAGGCUGUUUCUUCCUGAAGUUAUCUAUCACCAAGUAGACUGUGCUAAAUGUGCGGUUGAUCCUUCAAAGUUGGUACUACAGAGUGAGCGGGCCGACGACAAAGAUAACCCUGCCAUUCACCAUGGCCUGAUUGCUUCCGGCAAUCAGUUAAUAAAGAAUGCUUUGAUUCGAGAUCAGCUUGCCGCGGAAAAAGACAUCCUUUGUUUUGAAAUGGAAGCCGCGGGGCUGAUAAACACUUUCCCAUAUCUCGUCAUCCGGGGUAUCUGCGAUUACUCGGACUCACAUAAGAACAAAGAGUGGCAAGGGUAUACAGCUAUGGUGGCAGCUGCAUAUACCAAAGACCUUCUAAAGAGGAUCCCUCUCAACAGAAUUGAAGCUAAGGAGAGGAUAAGUGCUAUUGUAUCUGAGGAGCUAAAAGGCAUUCAACAUCGAUUAGAUCAAGCAUAUAGUCAAAACGAGCGGCACUUUAGUAAACAGAAAGCAAGAGUCUUAACGGAUCAGCAGCGCCGUUAUUUCCAAGUGUUCAAGAUCGUUAACUACACAGAGCAAAAGAACAUAAACCCAAAUCGAGCCAAGGGCACCUAUCGAUAG